AUGUCUCGAUUGUCUCCUGUUUCCACACGUGUGAGUCUGCGCGCUGUAGACGAGGUGCGUUCGCCCGUGAACGAAGAGAGCCAUGCUGUCAUCCACUCUGGCCGGGUCGCGCUUAUCACGGGAGCUGCGAGUGGAAUCGGACUUGCUGCCGCCUGGGAGCUUGCCGCAGAAGGCCUGAAAAUCGUUCUGGCUGAUGCCAACGCUGCGAAGCUCGAUGAGGCCGCCAAUGCACUGAGUGCCGAAUACGGCGAAGCAAAUAUCCUUGCCAUACCAACCGACGUGAGCAAGCUCGAUCAGGUGCAGGCUCUGGCAGAUCGCACGCUCGAGGCGUUCGGUGAGGUCAACCUUCUCAUGAACAAUGCCGGAAUCGGCUUAUCUGGGAGCUCGACUUGGUCGGGACGCGAGAUAUGGGCAAAGGUUCUUGAUGUCAACCUUUGGGGCGUUAUCAACAUGCUCCAAGUCUUCACCAGUUCGAUGAUCCAUCAGGAAAACCCUUCCCUUAUCAUCAAUACUGGCUCUAAGCAGGGUAUUACCAGUCCACCGGGCAAUGCCGCAUACAAUGUCUCCAAGGCCGGGGUGAAAGUAAUCACAGAAAAUCUGUCCCACGAACUACGCACCCAAGGGACCAAAGUAACGGCGCAUCUCUUUGUUCCCGGGUGGACGUUUACGGGUAUGACCGGUGACGGCAAAAUGACAGAAAAACCACCUGGUGCAUGGACAGCGAAGCAAUGUGUUCAGUAUAUGUUAUCUCGCGUACGAGAAGGAGAAUUCUACAUUAUUUGUCCCGACAACGAGACGAGCGAAGAUCUAGACCGACUCCGAAUCCGUUGGGCGGCUGAUGAUCUGGUCGAAAGGAGACCUGCCUUGAGCCGAUGGCAUCCGCUUUACAAACCCCUAUUCGAGGAAUACAUUAGGGAAGGACUUCACGAGCUUAACGGAGGUAUUUCGUCGCAUAUCCAUUCUGGAGCCCGGACUCCCCAGUAUUCCCGUGAGCCCAGCCGAACACGCAACAAAGGCCGCGAACGGGAUAUUGACCGUAUCACGAGCGCUUUGCACGAUAAUUUGUAG